AUGAGCAUCGAUAGGUAUCUGGCCAUAAGAAAGCCCAUGAUUUUCCGCUACAUAUGUAGUCAUAGGAACAUCAUUCUCGUUAUCGUGGGUAUUUGGCUGACGUCCAUGGCUUUCUUUAUUACGACUUAUAGAGCAGUGAGACUCCAUUCAAUAAAGGAAUUUAUCAACAUGACUGAUGUGGACUCGAUAGAAAUUCAGAAUUUUUCGCAUAAUAGCAGCUCGCCGAUGCCGCCAGAUUUCAAUUUCUGCUUGUCGGAUUACAAGUCACUGGGAAUCCAACGAGACGUCUUCGGAACCGUAUUCUUCCUAUUCUUUAUGGUUAUUCCAUGUCUCAUUGUAUUAUUAACCUACUCGAUGGUUGGUUUCACCCUUUGGUUUAAAAAGCCACCCUCCGACUGCGACAACAGGAAAAGUAUCAGCUCGUUACAGGUCUCCAGAUUACGACAGGACAGAAAACGAGUUGCACUGAUAUUAUUAAUCCUUGCUAUACUCUUUGCUCUGUGUUGGAUGCCUUAUAAUAUUAUAGUUUAUUUGGUGGAUAUCGACGUUAUCAAACCAACAAAAUCGAGAAACCUCACACUGAAAUACUUCCUUUUUCUGGGAUAUGCAAAUAGUACCUUGAAUCCCGUGAUCUACUGCUGGAUGGCUCGCGGUGUUCGCCAGAAUCUCGCAAGAAUUCUACAUUGCAUAUGGAUCCAGUAA